UUUUCAGAUGCCUCGAACACGGGCUAGAUGUCCCGCUUGUCAGCGAGGCCCAUAUCAGUUAGGAAAUCUCUACGACCAUUUGAGAUUUGUUCAUUGGUGGAAAAAGGAUAAAAUAGAUGAAUUGAAAUUGACAAUCAAGAGCACAAAAUACAAUGGAAGGCAAAGUGUCGAAUGUGAAUGCGGAAAAAUCUAUUUUUCCAUUCAUGGCUUGCGAGUACAUAGAGAAAGAGCGCAUGGUGAAGCAGUACAGCACAAUUCGAAUUAUUUCCCUGUCACAUGUCCUGCCUGUUCUGAAGUUUUCCGAACAGGAGAAGAAUUGGCAGUACACUGCAAUGAAAUGCAUCGACAGCAAGGUGGACAAGAUUUCGCUAUGAUUGAAGGCGUAUUUCCAUCCCAUGAAGACUUCGAAGCUUGGAUCGACUCUGUGGAGAAGCUGACAAAAGUUGGAUUCACUAAGAGAACUUCCAGAUUGUGCAAAGAUGGACGCAACCAUAUCUUUAGCUGCCGACAUGCCAGAGGCAAAGGCGCAGAAGUAGAUCCGAGGGAACUUAGACAACGAUUCAAGAAAAGUGAUCGAGUCUGUUCACAUUGUCCGGCCUUUAUAAGGGCAAUCGAGAAUCCGGAUGGUAGUGUAAGCUAUCGUGGUUGUCUGGGACACCUCGGCCACAAAGUCGGUGUCACGAAGCCACAACGGACUGCAACGCAGAAAUUCAGACGUUGGCAGACUCAUCGGCGACACAAGGACGCCUUGCUUUAUUACACCUACAGACUAAAUUCAAUUACUGAGCUUUCGGACAAUGCGUGGGCAGUCCAGUCAGAAGAUGGAUAUGAGUAUACCGUGAGAGUUGGCGAUCCUUGCAAUUGCGGUGAAACAAACAAUCACUGCGAUAGAUGUGGUGCGUGUCCAAAUCAGAUAGAAUGUAAUUGUUCGGAUGUUGUUGGACAUCGAGUCUCAUGUAUCCAUGCUCAUGCAGUAGCUACUUUUGUGGACAAAGCACGCGAACGCAUUCCACAAGUUCAUCACUACCUAGCAAGCGAAAUGCCUGCUUGUGAGCCUAGACCAGGACCAUCGCCCGAUCAACAGGACGCUUCAUACAUUGAUAUGUACGACUUGGAUGAUGGUCAUCAUGUUGAACAACAAUACCAGGAGGACACACACUCCGAAGAUUCGCAAACGCAUUCCACACAGUCCAACUCGUUUUCUUCGGUACCUCAGUCGGGUCCUCUGGAAGGUCAUCCAAAGGUUACUGUAGAGAGCUUGCGUCCGAAAGUUAAAAUGGAUUCCCAGUCACAGUCUGUGGUGACCUUGCGAGAAGAAGCAAGAGAGGAACUAGAACAGUUCCAGGGGCUGGAUCAGAAAUUGCAUAUGAUGUUGCAAACAUGUAUGCAAAGUAAUCUUCCUCAUGUUAUCCGUGAUAUUCGUUCUACGAUCGAAAGCAAGUUGUCCGAGAUACUUACACCCGACAAAGAGAAGACAUCGGUGAAGGUGCAGAAGCCAAGGCUGCGCAAAUCUGUUGAAUCUGAGGCGAGUCCUUCGAGUAGCCAAGAACCAAUGCAGGAUUCGUCUAUGGAUGGACAUACUUAUUGUGCGGAGACUAGUCCAGAUAAGAAAACGCCCGUUAUGCGAAAAGUGCUUCGACGAGAAUAUCUUGAAGCUCAUUCAUCUAAAACUAGACCCAACGAAGAAUCCCAGAAUGAUGUUUUGGAAAUUGGUCCGCAGCAGGACACGGAAACACUAGAUCCACCAUACAAACCGCCGCCCGACCCACCGUCUGCGCCGAGGAGAAGAGUAUUACGGCCAGAAUUCGAUGAAAGCGGGCCUAAAUGGCGUCUUCUCAGCGAAAAAGAGCUGGAACAGUUUCCUGUCAAGACUAAAAGAAUCAUUACCUCUCGGUCGCUGCCAGUUGUUCGCAGGGAAGCGGCCAAGCCUAUGUUUCCUGUCGCAAUUAAGAAACGGGUGUUACUUGCUCCACUUCCGUCUAAUUAUCGAAGAGUUGUGAAGCAAGUCGUUACGACCCAAGGUGGUCGUAGGGUUGUGAAGCGGGUGGUUGUACGACGACCUAUGCUUCCUCAGGAAAAAGCGCAAAUAGCUGCCUUAGAACAAUCCGCAUCAGAGAAACAGCAAAAUGUGGAAGUCAUCGAUGAAACUGGUGCUUCAGAUGCCGCAGGCAGUUCGCAAGAGGUUGUUGCUUCUAGCAACCCAGAUCCACUUUUUGCGAAAUGUGAACGACCGAAAAAUCCUACAACUCCGAUGUCUUCGAAUGCCCCUACAGACAAUGCUUCGCAGUCUUCUUCACAGUCUUCUGAUGAUGUUCAAAGAGAAGAGUCCGAGACAUCGAAGGAUGGUGGUCGCAUCGUCAAGAAAAUCUAUGCCAGAAAAGGAUCGGAAUGGGUGCUAAAAAGGGUAAUUAUACGACCGCUGAGUGAAGGCAUCACGAAUAAUGCGCAAGUGUCGCCAAGUGAUAAGCAGGGAUCAAGCAAAGGAUCCUCAACAACUGGCGAGGAUUCUGCGAACACAACUCCACGAAGAAUUGUCAAGCGAGUCGUAGUUAGGAGAAGUUCGACGAUUGCACCGCCAGACAGCCAGACUUUGGAAAUCACUACACCUUCACCAGAUGCUACUAAGCUUGAUCAUCCUCAUCACAUUCCGAAGCUGAUCCGAAGGAGUCUUGAAACGGCAUUGGCACCGAAACCGGAAAAGCCUGCACCACGGCCACUAGUGUGUUUGAUGUGUGGGAAAGGUCUGCCACCAGAACAUCAGACUGGAGAUGUUGUUGAGUGGCGCGGUUGCUCAAAUAAAGAGAAGUGCCACGUACGAGCACAUGAGAAGUGCCUAAGGGGAGCCAAGGAUAAGUGCUUCGUAUGCCAUGUGGGAACCCUAGUUAAAAUACAGGUGAAACUCUUGACUAAACCGGCUGUUGGUGCUAGUGUAUCUGAUGCUGCCAAGGGUAGUAAAGAAAUUGUUAGAACCAAAGAGACAGAAUCUCUGCGGAAGAAGUCGACAGAAGAUCGAACAUCUGCACUAUGUGAGGUAAAUUCAUAGAUUUUUACACAUCACAUUCCUGUACAAGUAGCAUUUUUGCUUUCGGCAUCCAUGUGCAUUGAGAUGUUGUUAUCUUUUUUACUG